UCUGCAUCCUUUAUCUGCCAGAGCGUUCAAGCGCUCCCAACAAGCACUCUUCUCCUUUGGUUCCUGCAAAGAAUCCUGGCGAAGGAAACAAAAAACAUGUUGAAGAGGACCGUGUCAGAGAAAUCAGUGCUGCUGAAGCAUAAGAAGAAUAAAGAAGCUCAAACAAAUGUGAAGAAUAACAGAUUCUUGAUCACAGUCAAUGUUGUUGGAAGUGUAGGACCAAUAAGUUUUGUGGUGAAUGAGGAUGAUCUUGUUGCCGGGGUCAUUGACACUACUCUCAAAUCAUAUGCACGCUUAGGCAGGCUUCCGGUCCUUGGUUCUGAUGUCAACAAUUUCUUUCUCUAUCCGGCAGCCAAAUUCGAGACUUUGAAUCCAUGGGAACGGAUAGGAACUCAUGGGGAAAGGAACUUUGGGCUCUACAAGAAGAAGAGCGAGUCGCAAAUUACGAAAGAGAUGUCAGAGAUGAUAGAUCAAAAGGGAAGUGGGAGAUUGAAGGAUUGGGUUAACAGGUCCCUUAGUUUCAAGGUAUUAUCUCAUUAAGAUGUCUGUGCCUUGAAAAGUUUUCAUUAGCUAAGAAGAUCGAUGUUAUAUCUAUAAGCUAAAACAUGUCGAU